AUGAAAGAAGAAUCUAUAUCUCUGUCAUUGGAACAUAGGCAACAGGAUGAAGUAAAUAGCAUUGCAUCCAUUUAUGGGGAUAUCUUCGAAGAUAUCACACCAUCGGGGUUGGUUUGGAAUAAAAAGCCCAGUCCACAUUUCAAGAUCCUGUUACUGUCUUCAGAAUGUGCUGACAGGCCUACAAUAUCCUUGAUAUUAGACAUUGAGUUCACUAGUACAUAUCCAUUAUCUCCACCGAAGAUUAAAAUUUUAGAGCCUAAAAAUAUUCUAAAAACCAGACUACAAGCUAUAGAGAAAAGAAUUAAGGAUCUUAUCAAGGAAUAUCCCGAGGAAGAGGUGUCGUUUACGAUUAUAUGCGAUGUAAAGGAUAUGUUGGAUGAUUUUCAGCAAACAACAGAAAAAGUGCUAUCUUUGGAGGAAGAGCGGGAGUUACGACUAAAGAAUGAAAGACUUCAACUAGAAAAGCUCGAAGAUAUGAAGCAGAAAGAACAGGAACAAGAAAAGAAGAAACAAAUUGAGGAAUUGAGUGAACAAAUAUUAAUGAUACAGGGUGAGUAUGAUGAGGACGAACAAAUUACAACUGAUAAUGAUGAUGCAAUUACCAAGGAUAUGUUGGAUGAAAGAAGUCUUAUACCAACGGAUACGAGCCUUCACUUUGUAUUUGAAAAUCCAAUUAUCGGUCAAUUUCCUGGAAGUAAGUCAAAAUUCAAGUUUAGGGCAGUUCUGGGAUUUGUCAAAUAUCGAAAAAGAGACUUGCUAUCACCGAUAAGCACCCAGUAUAUUGUUAAACCUUAUAUACCUCCAGAGGUACAAGAAAGGAUAGAUAAGAAAAAUAUCGAAUUGUCAUAUUUACUUACAGAGAUAGAUUUGAAACAUAAAUACUGGUUGACCGACCUUGGUAAGAAAGAGAUCCAGGACCUUGAGAGCGAGUUGCAAUUAAUCAUGAAUUUAAAUCAUGACAAUAUUGUCAAAUUAUACGGUUUUCAAAUAGACAAAAAUCCAAAUGAGGAUCAAGGAUGGAAAAUAAGGCUAUUGACGGAAUUCUCAUCUGCAUCAGAUUCACUUCAAGACAUUUUGCCAACUGCAGAGUUUAUAAAUUGGUCAUUGGCAAGAACAUGGCUCAUACAGUUACUUCCAGGUAUAGAAUAUUUGCAUAACUUAGGGUUUGUCCAUAAAUUAAUAUGUCCUUUAACAGUAUCUGUUUUUGAACUUGAAAUUGAUUAUUAUUACCAAAACUCUACUAAUGAACAUUUGAAUAGUUCAGCAUAUGAGGAUAGCCAUAGUAAACGAUUUAGCGGCUUAGAAUCCACGAAGAUUCUCAAAUUGUGUCAUCCUUCCUACGGUUUUAGAUUAUUAAACAUGUUCGAAUCUCACCCAAACGAAUUUAAUAACUCUCAGAAUAAAACUGGUUUUAUGAGCGUACUUAUUCCGGAAAAGUGGAUAGCACCAGAGUUAAAAAAGUCUCCUAAAAAUCAUCAACUGAAGACUGAUAUUUGGGACUUGGGUGUUCUAUUUAUAAGAGUGAUGUUGAGCUAUUAUAUAUUGAUAACCACUUACCGUACACCAGGAGAAUUCUAUGAAAACUUCAGUGCCGAGGAUUAUGUUGGUGCAGAAAACUAUGCUCGUCUUGUAUAUGAUUUAUUGUCUAAAAUGUUGCAGCCAAAAAUUUCCAAAAGACCUAGUCCUUUGGAACUAAAUGCAGUCAAAUUCCUACGUGAUGGUCCAAUUAUGACGAAUAUGAGGUCUAGUGGUCCUCCACAUCCAUAUAGAUACAUUGAGGAUGACGAGGAAAAUGUGAUGGGAGCUAUAGAAGACUUUCUGAUUGAGUCUAAAUCGCUCAAAAACAAUCCUAGGGAUAUUCAGUUUUCUCAGUACAACCAAUUAUCUACAAUGGGAAACACAAACAGACGUUAUUCCAACCAGAAUCAGCAUCCAUAUAUAUUGAAUGACAAUAGUAUGAGUACUAAUCAAAGGGAUAUGGGAAGAUAUGAAAGAGACUUUGAGGAAGUCGGAAAAUUGGGUAAAGGUGGCUUCGGAGAGGUUGUCAAGGCAAGGAAUCGUAUCGAGGGCACCUUCUAUGCAAUAAAAAAGAUUAAGCAUCGUGCUAAUAAGCUAGAUUCAUUACUUAGCGAGGUACUUUCUUUAGCUAGACUUAAUCAUCAGUAUAUAGUAAGGUACUAUGGUACAUGGGUAGAAGAGAUCCAAGAAACUCCAAAUGUAUUUACUUCUGACGAUGAAACUGAUACAGAGAGUGAAAAUGAUUUUGAAAGUCCGUUUAAUACGAGAUCUUCCUCUUUCUUAAUGAAUCAUGACAAUUCAUUUCAAGUUGAUUUUAUAUCUAAUUCGUUUGACCCAAAGAUCGAAUUUGCUGAUUAUUCUGACGAUGAUAACGAUGAUGAUUUUGAUGAUAGAAUAGAAUUUGCAAGAUCAGAAGAUAACUCAGAGCAAUAUGAUGAACUGUUAGAUACUGAGAGCGGGACCUCUGUAGCAGAAUCCAGUACUCAUCAAACUAGAGCAAAUUUCAAACCAGGUCUUGUAAACAACAAAGUCCAUGGCCAACAAAAGUCAAUAUUAUAUAUUCAAAUGGAGUUUUGCGAAAAUAACACAUUGCUUAAUUUGAUAGAGCAAGGCUUACCUGGAAAUCAAAAUGAAUAUUGGAGAUUAUUUAGGCAACUAUUAGAAGCCGUAUCUUAUAUUCAUAGAGAAGGGUUUAUACACAGAGACUUAAAACCUAUGAAUAUUUUUAUCGAUAAAUCGAAUAAUGUUAAAGUAGGGGAUUUUGGUUUGGCAAAAAAUUCACAAUUCUCUUCUGUUGUUCUGACGAAUAACCAGGUAGAGUCUUCAAAUAAAGAUUUAAGUACAAUUGUCGGUACAGUUUUCUAUACAGCUAAUGAGGUUGCAACAGGAGAUUAUGAUGAAAAAGUUGAUAUGUAUUCUCUUGGUAUCAUAUUUUUCGAGAUGUGCUACCCUUUGGCUACCGGUAUGGAAAGAGCUAGAAUAUUGAAUAAUUUGAGAUUGGUGACAGUUGAUUUCCCAACGAGUUUUGUUGAUAGUAAAUUCCGGACAGAAAAGAAGAUUAUUAAGUUAUUAUUAGAUCAUAAUCCAAAAAACAGGCCCAGCGCUGUAGAAUUGUUGCAAAGUGGCUGGCUUCCAGUAGAGCAUCAAGAUCAUAUUAUUAAAGAAGCACUUAAAUCUUUAGCUGACCCGGCAUCCCCUUGGCAGCAACAAGUUAGGGAAACUUUGUUCAACCAGCCUUAUCUGUUGGCUAAGGAUCUAAUGUUUGACAACUAUAGCAAAGGUUCUCAUAUUCAUCACUUAGAUCAUUCCAUUAGUGAUUAUUUACUUUUUAGUAAAAUGAUUGAAGGAUUGUUUAAAAUAUUUAAGAACCACGGUGCAAUUGAAGACUUUAAUUCAAAUAUAUUAUUACCUAAAUCACCUGCGCAAUCCAGAGAAUUAGUUUAUGAAGUGUUGGAUAGAAGUGGGUCUGUUUUAAGCUUGCCGUUUGAUUUAAUAUUGCCUACAGCAAGAUUCUUAAGUAGAUGCAAUGUGACUAUACCCAAAAUGUUUCGCCACGAAUUUGUUUACAGACCCAACUUACGUGGUGCUGGUGUUCCAGAUAAGUAUAGUGCUGUCAAUUUUGAUAUAACCACACAUGACAUUGCAAGUAGAAAAGUCAAUGAUGCUGAAUGCUUAAAGGUUGUUGAUGAAAUAUUACAAUCCUUCCCUUGUUUCAAAGCCAAAAAUUCAAGUAGUAUAAUUAUUAUAAAUCACUUUGAUAUCAUCACAUCUGUUAUAAAUUUUUCUUUUGGUAAUAUUGGUAUUGAAGAUAAAAGACGCCACGAGGUAAUCGGAGUUCUAUCCCAGCUUGGGAUUGAUAAAAGUCCAGAAGAGAUAAAGAGGUACUUGAGGGAAGAUUUUAAUGUACCACAUACUGUUACUAAGGAUUUGAUUGACGUGUUCAAUUUUACUACUGAUCCUGAAAAGGCAAAACAGAAAUUGGAGAAAGCUAUGCUUGAUUCACCACUUUUUCUUCGGGUAGAAAGAGCUUUGAUAUAUAUUAAAGAAGUUUUAUCAAUAUUGAGGCAAUUUGGGGUUAAAUCACCUGUAUAUCUAAAUCCUUUAAGUAAUUACAACAAUAAGUAUUAUUCACAUGGAAUAAUGUUUCAAGUUAUUCAUCAAGUUGAUAAAAAUCGAAGGUUUUCAAGGGUGAUUACUGGAGGAAGAUAUGACGGGUUGGUCUCAUCAUUAAUAAAUAAAGAUGUAACGAAAUCAUCAACUCCGUUUGUUGUUGGUUUUUCUCUCACAUCGACUUUUAUGUUCUUGUUAAUGAAAAAUAUGGACCGAAGAUCAAAGGCAUCAUCCAAGAAUUCAGAAUUCAGUAAGGUAAAAUGGAAGAAAAGUAGAUGCGACGUUUUAGUUACAAGUUUAAAUGAAAGCUACAUACGAUUGUCAGGGUAUGAAAUAGUAAAAUCUUUAUGGGCUCAUGAUAUCAGCUCUGAUAUUUUCACUUCAACUUCGUUGGAAGAUAUUGCACAUAAAACAGACAUAGACGGGGCAAACUGGGUCGUAUUAAUAAAGCAGCCUAAUUCCUUACAGAAAAGCAAACAAAAGCGAUCUACUGGUAAGUUUAAGCCGUUGAGGGUUAAAAAUGUCAUCACAAAUAAGGUAUCAGAUAUAGAAUAUGAAGAAUUAGUGCAAUUUCUCCAGAGCGAAAUUGAAGAGAGGAAUAAUGAUGACGAAUUUGAUAAUCUAGCGGGAAGUGGUUCAACUGAGUCGACAAGAGAGGGCUUAAAAAGUGAUCACAAUGAAGAUUCAGAGUCAGAUAAAUUACUGAUUAGAAGUGGUCCGAUAUUCACGGUCGAUAUUGAUCAAAAAGUUGUGGUUGUACCCAAUGCUGCUCCUAGGGGCCGGAAAAAUAAUAAAAAGGAAAAAUGGGAAAUAGAGAACGACUCAAAGCUUGCAUCUGCAUCGUUAAUUAAGAAUGUUGCUAACUCACCCAUUAUUACUAUCGAUGCGAGAGAUGAAGUUUUAGAUAUGAUACUGAUCACUUCGCUUAACCAGCCAGAUGAAUGGAUCAGAAAGGUCAUCUUCUCAAAUAAUAACUUACCCAAGAGCUUUGCAACUAAUAUAUAUAAUACAUUGAAAAAAGAAGCUCUGAAAGGUACGAGAUGGGUGAUUUUACAUUCAUCUAAGACAGAUAAGACAUGUAUUAUUGAUUUACAAAAAUAA